UGCCGUGCCGCGAUCCCGGCUGCCAUUUUAAGGUGAACAAAGAGGCGGAGGCAGCGGCAGGCAGAUCUGCUUAGGGAGGAGCCCUCGGGGCUGGCACUGCCCUUGGGUUCACCCCAGCCAUGUUCAGCAAGAAGUCCUACGAUGGCCCUUCCAUGAGCUACGGCCCCGCCACGGCCUACGGCUCGCCCACGGCUGAUUAUGGCUACGGCUACGGCGCCCGCUCGCCCCCGCCGGGCUCCUACUACAUGGAGGACGUGCCACAGCACUUCUACAAGUGGACCUCGCCUCCUGGCGUGGUGAGGAUCCUGGAGGUCAUCAUCAUCCUGCUCUGCAUCGCCAUCUUUGCCUGCGUGGCCUCCACCUUGGCCUGGGAGUACGGUUACGGCUACGGGGGGCUUUACGGCAGCGGCCUGGGGGGUUACUACGGCUCCGGCUACUACGGCAGCGCCUUGGGUUACGGUUACGGGGGUUACUACAGCGGGGUCACCAACCCACGGGCUGCCAACGGCUUCAUGAUGGCCAUGGCUGUGCUCUGCUUCCUGGCACUGCUGGGGCUCUUCGUUGCCAGUGUCAGCAAGUCGAGCGGCUCCCGCUCGCGCCACUUCUACCUGGCGGUGAUCGUGGUCUGCGCCAUCCUGGCCUUCCUCAUGCUCAUCGCCUCCAUCGUCUACGUCAUGGGAGUCAACCCCCAGGCACAGAUGAGUGGCAGCUACUACUACAACCCCUUGCUGACCAUGUGCAGCCAGAUCUACAGUGGCACCACCUACACCAACCAGUACCUCUACCACUAUUGCACCGUGGACCCCCAGGAGGCUGUGGCCAUCUUCUGUGGGUUCCUCAUCGUCAUCCUGCUCUGCCUCACCUGCUUCUUCGCUUACAAGACACGGAGCAAGAUCUGGAAGUAUGGCAAACAAAACAUCUACUGGGACAGAGUGCCAGUGGCCCAGGAGGGUCCCAAUGUGGAGGAGUGGGUGAAGAAUGUGGCAGAUGGAACCAGUGUUCAGGAUGAGACAGCCACACUGGCUUACUCAGAGAAGCCAACAAGCCCCAUCACUGCCCCCCCUUACAGCCCCCCAGCCUACAGCUACACCCCCCAGAACGGUUACUACCCCUCCGGGACCUACAGCAGCCAGGGGGACCAGCCAGACCGAGUGGUGAGUCCCAGCCCAGCAGAGAAGCCCCCCAGGGAGCAGCAGCCCCCCAGACCCUCAGCUCGCCGCGGCCGCCGCCGCCGCCGCAACCCCGAGCUGGACGAGUCCCAGUAUGAGACCGACUACACCACGGCUGUGGAGUCUGGUGAUGAGCUGGACCACGAGCACUGGGACAGCCUCUACCCCCCCAUCACCUCGGAUGGCACCCGCCAGAGGUACAAGCAGGAGUUUGACACGGACCUGAGGCGUUACAAGCAGCUCUGUGCUGAGAUGGAUGGUGUCAAUGACCGCCUCAACCAGCUCAGCAAGCAGCUUGACAGCAUCUCUGAGGACAGCCCCCAGUACCAGGAUGUGGCAGAGGAGUACAACAGGCUGAAGGACCUGAAGCGGAGCCCUGACUACCAGACAAAGAAGCUGGAGACCAAAACCCUGCGCAACAAACUCUUCCACAUCAAGAGGAUGGUGAGCGACUAUGACAAGGUGAGGGGGUAGCCUGUGCCCCCUCCUCCCACCCCCUGCAGGAGGAGUGAAACACCCCCCUCUCUGCUCCCUUCCAAGGACUCUGCUGCAUUUUUGUACCUUUGUAGUGAAAAACCAGCCCCCACCCCCAAGAUUCAACCCCCCCCCACUCACGCUGGUGGUGCCAAAGGUGUGGGAUUGGAGGCUGCUGGAGUGGGUUUGCUCCCCCUCUUCCUUCUCACCCCACACCCUGGGGGUUGUGGGACUCCCCCCCCUCUUCCUGCUGUUAUAAAUAUGUUUGGGGAGGGUGGCAGCCCCCAGACUCCUUUGUCAACACUGGGGUUGAGGAUCCCAAACUGUGGCCAGAGGCUGGUGCUGGCCAGGCUGGAUGGGGUUGGUAUUGGUGGGUGGGGGGCAGAGCCCCCUUUGUGCCCAGGGGGAACAGCCUGGGCAGGGCUGGUAUUUUGUAAGGAACUGGCUGAAACUGUGCAUAAGGUGGGGUUUUUUUAAAGUAAAUAAACUGUAUCUAUUGA